UCUGUUUGAGGCACCGCGACGCGAGGACGCCGUUUCUACAUCAGUGUGCUCUCAGUUCUUCUUUUCCAGUUUUUGUUUUGCUACUUUGCCGAUCACAAGAGCCAUCUCUGACCGUCCCUCUGCCGCACCUGUCUCAUCCUUCCUGUUUCUCUGAAAUAAGUUUUUUUUUUUUCUCUUCUCUUCACUCCUUCUUGUCGCGGCUGCUCGGCCGGAUUCUCGUUAAAACCCGCGUCUUUUUUUCCCUCUAUCUGUGUUUACACCGCUGGCACUUAACUAUGACCACUCAGACUGCCUUCGAAAACAGCACGCUGGCCGUUCAUCCAGGAGCCCUGAACCCGACGACGACUAACCAUAAUAUGACUCGCACUCGACCUAGCAUACAACGUGAUAGCACCAAGGUGGACUGGAUCCUGUACGUAGUGCCCGCCUCAGCCUUCCUGCUGGGCCUUUGCCUCUUCUCCCUGGUCCUCAUCAAACACAAGAGGAGAGAGGAGAGAAUCCGCCGUUUGGAGAGACUGAGGAAAAUGAGACUCACACAACGCAGGGUGAACGGAUAUAGCACCGAGAGUGAGGAUAAAGCUGAGGAGACCUGCAAGGCACAGUCAGCGGAGACCCAGUCUUAUGAGAAUGUGGAAGCAGCCAUCUACUUCAACCAGAAAGGGGUCACCUACUACGUGCCAGAGGCGGACGGAGAUGAUUAUGUCACCCCGGACGCGGAGGGAUGUGAAACUGACAGAGGAACAGCAGAGACGCAGAAUGAUGUCAACUACCUCCAGCCCUUUCAGAACCUAACCGACACGGAUGGGGAGUCGUACGAAAACAUGGAGAUCUCACUGUACGCCCAGCCUCGCAAACGGACAGACACCGACACGCAGGACGGAGAUUACGUCGAGCCUAACGAGACUUGUGAAGCGCAAGAGGAGGGAGAGAAACAUUGCAACCAUCAAACAGACACGGACGAUGAGUCCUAUGAGAAUAUGGCCGGCUCAACAUACUCACAGCGGCACAACCACAGCGACCCCUGCAGGCCUCACACAGCAACUGCAGUCCAGGAGGAAGUGGAGGAGGAAGACUCCUAUGUGAAGAUGGCGAGCAUCACAUAGCCUGAGCCCACAGAGAGCCCCGCACGAUGGUGGGGAGGGGGAGGGGGGGGGAGAGGGGGAGCGGCGGAGGCUGGGGUUUCACACGAAGGACCAUGUGUGAGAACAGCGUGAAUGAGGAGAGGGAGAAGGAAGGACAAGGAUGCAGGAAGCGAGACGUGCAAGAAGGACGUGGAGAACGAGUACAAGGAGAAACAGACUGAAACAAAUGAAAACAGUAAAAGA